AAGAAAAAAAAAACACUUCCAACACUAUUCUUCUUUACAAUCUACCCUUGCAGGCAAAUUUAUCUCCUAUUACAAAAAUCUCCGGGAUAAUCUCUUCCCUUUCUAUAAUUGCUUGCAGUAGAGUUCUUACAUUUUGGGGGCAUACCAAAACAACAAACCAGACCCAGAAGGAGAAGGAGAGAUGGAGAGACAAUUUUGGCCUUGAGGGUUUGGCGUGCUUUCCUUUUUUUGCUCUCUAUGUUUCUCCUAUCUAAAUAUGUUAUAAUCUGAUUCUCUCCGACCCUUUCUCAAGUUAUUUCCUCUCCCUCUUUUGUAUCUCUCCAAUCCAUACACAUAUCAUAGUGUAUAAAUUUUGUUAUCUGGGACAGUAUUAGUUCUUAUACUGAAGCUUUGUUGAAUGCAAAUUCUUUUAUUGGGUAGUACAUUUGAUUAAUGUCUAGUGUGGAAGUAAAAGGGUUUGCGGGAACACCCACAAAGCCCAAUCAGUCAGUGGUGUAAGAACUCCGGCUGUGAAAUAAUUUGUGUGAGUCACAAGUUUAGAUAUGAGCAGGAGGAUUCGGAGGAAAUUGACAAGGAGGGGACAGGAGAAGGUGGAUUGCCCUGAGGUUGAUGAGUGUUUGACUUUGGAUGAGAGAGGGAUAGUUGAUUGGACUAGGUUGCCUGAUGAUACAGUAAUCCAGCUAUUUUCGUGUCUGAACUAUCGUGAUCGAGCAAGCUUGUCAUCCACCUGCCGGACUUGGAGGAAUUUAGGUGUAUCACCAUGCUUAUGGCAGGGUUUGGAUCUUCGUCCCCAUAAGUGUGAUUCUGCUGCUGCUGUUUCUCUUGCCCCGAGGUGUAGGAAUCUUCAGAAACUUCGAUUUCGUGGUGCUGAAUCUGCGGAUGCAAUAAUACAGCUUCAGGCUAAGAGUUUGUGUGAGAUCAGUGGUGAUUACUGCCGCAAGAUCACAGAUGCUACAUUGUCUGUAAUUGCUGCUCGACAUGAGUCACUUGAAAGCUUGCAACUUGGACCUGAUUUUUGUGAAAGGAUAAGCAGUGAUGCAAUAAAAGCAAUAGCUAUUUGCUGUCCUCAACUCCGGAGACUUAGACUCUCUGGCAUUCGUGAAGUUGAUGGAGAUGCCAUCAAUGCAUUGGCUAGGCACUGUCGGGGUUUGGUGGACAUUGGUUUCAUUGAUUGUCUCAACAUUGAUGAGGUGGCUUUGGGAAACGUUUUGUCUCUUCGCUUCCUGUCGGUUGCUGGCACAACUAAUAUGAAAUGGAGUUUGGCUUUACAGAAUUGGAGCAAACUACCUAACCUGACGGGCUUAGAUGUUUCCAGAACAGAUAUAAUUCCUAAUGCCGUUUUAAGAUUGUUUUCAUCCUCACCAUGCUUAAAGAUCUUGUGUGCCUUAUAUUGCCCUGCUCUCGAGCAAGACGCCAACUUUGUUUCCAAUAACAACCACAGAGGUAAACUACUGCUUUCUUUUUUCACUGACAUUUUUAAAGAAGUAGCAUCACUAUUUGCCGAUACUACAAAUAAAGAGAGGAAUGUAUUUGUGGAGUGGAGAAAUUUAAAGACCAAGGGUAGAAAAAUGGAUGCUGUUAUGAAUUGGCUGGAAUGGAUCCUUUCCCAUUCACUUCUGCGUAUUGCUGAAAGCAAUCCUCAAGGGUUGGACAAUUUUUGGCUUAGCCAGGGUGCCUAUCUGUUACUUUGUUUAAUGCGGAGCACUCAAGAGGAAGUUCAAGAAAGGGCAGCCACUGGCCUGGCAACUUUUGUUGUCAUUGAUGAUGAAAAUGCUAGUAUUCAUGGUGGAAGGGCUGAAGCAGUUAUGCGAGAUGGAGGCAUAGGUCUCUUGCUUAAUCUUGCAAGAUCUUGGCGGGAAGGGCUUCAGACAGAAGCUGCAAAGGCUAUUGCAAAUUUAUCUGUGAAUGCCAAUGUUGCAAAAGCUGUAGCAGAAGAAGGUGGGAUAAGCGUUCUAGCAAUUUUGGCGAAGUCUAUGAAUAGGUUGGCUGCAGAAGAGGCCGCUGGAGGCCUGUGGAAUCUCUCAGUUGGGGAAGAGCAUAAGGCUGCCAUUGCUGAAGCUGGUGGUGUAAAAGCUCUGGUUGAUCUUAUCUUCAAAUGGUCCAUCACUGGUGGUGAGGGAGUUCUGGUACGUGCUUUAGCAGGGCAUGUGCAUAUGCAUGAACGUGCUGCUGGUGCAUUAGCAAAUUUGGCGGCAGAUGACAAAUGUAGCAUGGAAGUAGCAAUAGUAGGUGGUGUACAUGCUUUAGUAAAGCUUGCUCAGAGCUGCAAAGCUGAAGGAGUUCAAGAGCAGGCUGCCCGUGCACUCGCAAAUCUUGCUGCUCAUGGAGAUAGCAAUAGUAACAAUGCAGCAGUUGGACAAGAGGCAGGAGCUCUUGAAGCACUUGUGCAACUUACUCGUUCUCCUCAUGAUGGAGUCAGGCAAGAAGCUGCUGGAGCAUUAUGGAAUCUGUCAUUUGAUGACAGAAAUCGUGAAGCAAUUGCAGCAGCUGGUGGUGUUGAAGCUUUGGUUGCUCUUGCACAGUCGUGCUCAAAUGCUUCUCCUGGCCUGCAGGAGAGGGCUGCUGGUGCUUUGUGGGGAUUGUCUGUAUCAGAAGCAAAUAGUAUUGCCAUUGGACGAGAAGGAGGUGUAGCGCCACUUAUAGCACUUGCACGAUCUGAUGUUGAGGAUGUCCAUGAGACUGCAGCUGGGGCUCUCUGGAAUCUUGCUUUCAACCCUGGUAAUGCUUUCCGUAUAGUGGAGGAAGGGGGGGUUCCUGCUCUUGUUCAUCUUUGUUCGUCAUCUAUCUCAAAAAUGGCACGCUUUAUGGCUGCUUUGGCAUUGGCUUAUAUGUUUGAUGGAAGAAUGGAUGGAGUUGCACUUGUGGGAACCUCUUCAGAUAGCAACUCUAAGAGUGUAAACUUAGAUGGAGCACGAAGAAUGGCUUUAAAGAACAUUGAAGCUUUUAUUCUUGCAUUUUCUGAUCCACAAGCAUUUUCUGCUGCUGCUGCGUCAUCUGUCCCUGCAGCAUUGACUCAAGUUACAGAAUCAGCUCGUAUUCAUGAGGCAGGCCAUCUUAGGUGCAGUGGAGCCGAGAUUGGAAGAUUCGUUACAAUGUUACGUAAUUCGUCUUCUAUUCUCAAAGCAUGUGCUGCAUUUGCCCUUCUUCAGUUCACAAUCCCAGGUGGCCGGCAUGCACAACAUCAUGUCCGCCUAUUGCAGAACACUGGAGCAUCAAGGAUUUUGCGUGCUGCUGCUGCAGCAGCCACUGCCCCUAUCGAAGCCAAAAUCUUUGCACGAAUCGUACUUCGGAACUUGGAGCACCAUCAAAUAGAAUCCUCAACCUAAGGUCUGGUGAGGACUAGAUGUAAUCCUAGGCUUGUGCAUUGUGACCACUGCCAUUGUCGCCUUACUCAGCAAUAGUGGUAGGUAUCCUCCCCUCGGUGACAUUGACAUUAAGCUGCCAGUUUGUGUUAGCAUACCGAAACUAACAGUGUUGGCUUUUGGGAAGAAGCAAAGGCUUCUUAUUUUUCUACCCAAACGUCUGCCUGUUUUUGGGUUUCUUUUAGUUUUAUUUCUUGGGUACAUAGGCUGUGUGAAUUUUCCGCCUUUUUGUUAGUUAUUCCCGUGUGUCUGUUUGAGCUUAGGCUUGAUAGAUCUAUCGGCAGUGCGUUAUAUAGUUCCGAAGUCCAGUUGCUUUUCAGAUUCUGUAUUUAAUUUACAUGGCAGAUUGUUUUAUACCUGUACAUUAUAGAGCUGCAGAGACGUUAGCAUGAUGACAAUUUCUGUGUAAACACUUGAAAGAAUUUCUAUGAUAUACUACUUGUGUUUUUAGGUGGUUUGGAUGAUCAAA